UGUUUGUCAAUUACGUUUUGGAAAGAAAAAAAUUCGAUCGGUCGAUGGACAUGCAUAAUUUAUAUUUGAUACGUAAAUCAUUGAAAUAUUUGUGUCUCCGUUGCAACGCACGGGUACUUCGGUAGUAAGUUAUUAUGUUACUGUCGACUUUACAAGAUCACGAAGAUAUCAGACUCAAACCAAUCUUUUUUUCCCCUUAGACUAGAUCGAUGCCUCCUUGAGAGACACACGCAGGAAUCUGCUACUUUACCGCUCUCUCAAUUCUCAAAGCAGCAACCAAUUGCCAGAAAGAAACCUGAUCCAUCCAUCCGUGCUAAGCCAGAAUUUUCUGAAAAGAUGACGGCCGUUUGUGGCACGGAGGAAUAAAGAGCUUUGAUAGCUUGAUCGAUCACCCAAAGUCGCAGGAAGCUUCGCUGCAAGAAUCCUCAGAACCACCAAUACCCAUCGCCCAUCUUUCUCGGCCCAGCAGCUCCGCCAUGGCCGUGCCUUGCUUCUUCUUCACAUGAUCUCUGCAGCAGCAACUUCCGAGAAAGGAACAGAUCAAAGAGAUCGACCGUGUACGUCUUCCUCGCGUGCUGCUAUUAAUUAACUAGUAGAGCUGCAGCAAAAGGCACCGCAGGUUCUUGGCCGCCGGUGUGUUGAUCUUGAGCGAGCAGUGCAGUGCUUAAUUGGUUGGCAUGGGCGCCGCGUUGAGCGUGCUGGUCGGGGGCCACCGGCGGGGACGAGGAACGGCGCCGGCGGCGAGGAGGGGGAGGAGCAGGGGGCUGCCGGGCGGCGGCGGCGGAGGGCAGCGAGAGCAGCGGCGGAGGGCGAUGUUGUCCAAGAAGUACUCUUACAUACCUGACACCUACACCUCCCUGGAGCAGGUGGCGGCGGCGCUGCGGGAGCAAGGGCUGGAGUCGUCGAACCUCAUCCUGGGGAUCGACUUCACCAAGAGCAACGAAUGGACAGGGAAGCGGUCUUUCGAGGGGCAGAGCCUGCACAAGCUGGUUGAGGGGACGGGGAACCCGUACGAGAAGGCCAUCGGCAUCAUCGGCAAGACGCUGGCUCCCUUCGACGACGACAACCUCAUCCCCUGCUUCGGCUUCGGCGACGCGACGACGCACGACUACGGGGUGUUCAGCUUCCACGGCGACGGCUCGCCGUGCCAGGGGUUCGAGGAGGUGCUGUCGUGCUACAGGAAGAUCGUGCCGCACCUCAGGCUCUCCGGGCCGACGUCCUUCGCGCCCAUCGUCGAGGCCGCCGUCGACAUCGUCGACCGCUCCGGCGGACAGUACCACGUCCUCGUCAUCGUCGCCGACGGCCAGGUCACCAGGAGUGUUGAUACAGAUGAAGGUGAUCUGAGCCCACAGGAGAGAAGAACAGUCGACGCCAUUGUCAUGGCCAGUGCGUACCCGUUGUCGAUCGUGCUGGUCGGAGUCGGGGACGGGCCAUGGGAGGACAUGCGGAAGUUCGACGACAAGCUACCGGCACGGGCAUUCGACAACUUCCAGUUCGUCAAUUUCACUGCCAUCAUGUCGAGGCCUGCCACGGCGCAACAGAAGGAGUCAGCCUUCGCGCUGGCCGCACUCAUGGAGGUGCCCAUCCAGUACAAGGCCACCAUGGAGCUCGGCAUCCUCGGCCGGUCCACGGGGAAGGCCAAGAGGGUCGUGCCCGCCCCGCCUCCGCUGCCAACAUCGUUGAGGAGGGAAGCUAGCAAUGCGGCCACCUCCGCUACCACCGCGGAGCCCAGAGAAGAUCAGGUGUGCCCAAUCUGCUUGACCAAUGCCAAGGAUCUAGCCUUUGGUUGUGGCCACAUGUGUUGCAGGGAGUGUGGGGACAACCUCACCAGAUGCCCAAUAUGUCGAGAGGCGAUCCGGUCUAAACUAAGACUAUAUCCGGGAUGAUAAACUAAUUAAACGAAAUACAUAUCUAUAUUUGUUUGAAUUGUAUAUUUGGCGAGAUGCAUCGGAAUUUCUGUUGAAGGAAGGAAUUCGGAUGAUUCUACUAUUUGUUUGGUUCUGUCCAUUUUAUUUGUUGAGCGUGCAGUAUAAAAAUUGCAACAUUUUCUUUGUCUAA